AUGCUCCUCGCAAUGUUCAUCCGGUGGGAAGUGAUCGGACACCCGAUCUACCCCUCGAUGGAAUCUGGGCAGACGAUAGCCUACAUCUCGGACGUGGGCGCCUACGGGCUCAAACCACUCUUCAUUACCGGCAGCGUCAUCACGACCGUCUCGCUGGACCUGGGCUUCAUGGCCGAGCGCUGGCUGCGACACACCGGCCGCCUCGUGCCCAACACGUCCACCGCGCAGAAGGUCCUGUCCAUGCUCGCCAUCAUCUCCGCCGUCGGGGGCUCCGCAGGCCUGAUCCUCCUAUCCAUCUUCGACACGUACCGCCACCCGCAUCUGCACGACGGCUUCCUCCUGCUGUUUCUCGGCGGCUACAUCCUCUCCGCCAUCUUCAUCUGCGCGUCCUACCAGCGCCUGGGCAUCCACUACCGCGAGCACCGCGUCCUGCGGAUCAGCUUCUGGGUGAAGCUGGCCUUUAUCCUGAUCGAGCUGGCCCUGGCGGGUGUCUUCAUCGGGACCUCGUUCACACACCACCGUAACAUCGCCGCCGUCUUUGAGUGGAUCGUUGCACUGGUCUUCACCGGCUAUAUCCUGAGCUUCUUGCUCGAUCUGCUCCCCUCCGUCCGCAGCAGGUCGCACCAGCCUCAGGGCUGGAGGCACCAGACUGAUGUCGAGAAGGCGAACCUGACCAAUGGAAGCAAUGCUUCAACCCCAGUCACCACCGACAGCCAGGGCCCCAACGCAGACGGCAGAGAUCUCAUCGGCCACGGCGCCUAUCGUGGCACUGCCAUGACCAACGGCCCUAACGCCCCCGCUGAUCAGCAGGAUCUAGGACGCCAGAAGAAAUGGGGUGUCGGGAAAUUCCGCUUUUGA